AUGGCAGAAACGACAGAGGACGGUAAAAUCGACACGGAUAAAAAACAACUUGUUAAACUUGUGGAGGACUUGAAACGCUUCAAUGCAGCGCAACAAGCAGAAAUCGAUCUGUUUGAGCGAUACAUUAGUCGACUGGACCCACAGACUCAAUCGGAGAGGUUUGAAACAUCAUUACAGAUGGAAAUGGCAACGAGUCCAGGAAGGAAAACUAAAGUACGCACUCCAGAAAGACAACAGCUCCUGACGCUGGAACAGAAAUGUGAUAUCGCCAUAAGCAUGCAUAAACAGAUGACUGAGGAUCUGAAGAGAGCAAAACACCAUUCAGAAAGGGAGCUGGACAAUUACAAGGCAACUCUGGAAGAAGCUGAUAUCCACUUGGCGGAGGUUAAAAAAGAAUGUUGCCAGUUUGAUCGUGACAUUGGUAAAGCGCUGCGGGACAAAAAGUGUGUGACGAUGAGUGCUGAGAAGGUCAUCAGAUACAUUGAGGAUAAAGUAAAGACCAAGGAGAACCUGAUUGAGAAGUUGCAUCAGAAGAAUGCAGGACUCCUUGCAUACAAGAAAAAACUACAAAUCCAGUUAAAACAACAAGAGGAGAUGGGUGAAGGGCUGACAGCUUUGGACUUUGAGCAGCUCAAGUUUCAGAACAUGAAAUGUAGGAAGCGACAGGAUGAGCAAAACCUCAAACAUAUGGAACUUAAACUGCUCGCAGGGAAGACCUUGCACGUCUUGAAUUCUGAGAAGGAGAAGCUUCAGACCUUGACGCAUGAGUCAGAUGUGCUAAACAGUGACAUUGGUUUACGGGAGAAGUUACUGGUUAAGAUUGAGGAGGAGACCAAGCAAGCGGAGGAGGAACGAAACAAAGCAGAGGCUCUGAACAGGAAGUUGAGGGGCCAGUUGGCCGAUUUUCAGGUACCACAUGUUUUACAAUACAUCAAAGUUAAAGAGUCUCACAGCCAGCUCCAGAAGAGUGUUAAGGAAUGGGAACGCAAGGUGGAGAUUGCAGAGAUGUCAUUAAAAACAUACACAAAAUCCUGGGACAAGCUUCGGAUCGCUGCUGGAGCCAGACCAGUUCCUGCUCGACUUGCAGCCUAUGGGUUCUGACCAGAACUACUGUUGUAAAUAACCUCAAUGAUGCCCAUACAGCAUAAAACACAAAAGCAUCAAUAUAAACAAUAAAAACUACACAACAAUG